GGCGAAGCAGGUGGGACUCGCCGCUGGAGCCGCUGCCUGCCUGCUUCUUUCCCUGGCCGGACCGGCCCUUCCCGACGGCGCGGGCUCCCCGGGGCCCCCGGCAGGCGGUGACCGCCGAGGCGCUUCGAGGAGGGCAAGCGCGCGGAGCAGAGUCUAGCCAGGCCGGCGGGCGGGCGGGCGCCUCCUUGGCGAGCCCGGGGACCCAGCGGCAAGGAGGCGCGCUCUUCGGACAGCUGGAUGUGCGAGAUCGGGACGCGGCCCGCGCUGGCGGCUGGCGAGCGAGGGGGCGAGGAGACCCCGCCGGCCAGCGCGCUCUCGCCGCCCAGCUUCGCGGCCGGAGACAAGUGCCGGGAGAUGGGAGAACAGCCCAUCUUCACCACCAGAGCACACGUCUUCCAAAUUGACCCCACCACCAAGAAGAACUGGGUCCCUGCAAGCAAGCAAGCUGUUACGGUUUCCUACUUCUAUGAUGGCACAAGGAACAGCUAUCGGAUAAUCAGUGUGGAUGGAACCAAGGUGAUUAUAAAUAGCACCAUCACACCUAACAUGACUUUCACAAAAACCUCCCAGAAGUUUGGCCAGUGGGCUGAUAGCAGAGCCAACACCGUCUUCGGCCUGGGUUUUUCUUCUGAACAGCAGCUGACAAAGUUUGCUGAGAAGUUCCAGGAGGUGAAAGAAGCCGCUCGACUGGCCAGAGACCGGUCACAAGAAAAAAUGGAAACUUCCAGUAACCAUUCACAAGAAUCGGGCCGUGAAACUCCCUGUUCUACUCGAACGUCCAGUGUGAAUGGAACGGAUGAGGACAAAAUCUCACACGGGGUUCCUGUGGAUGCGCAGCUAAAAAUGGAAAAUGACAAACUUAAGAUUGCUCUGGCCCAGAGUACCUCCAAUGUCAAGAAAUGGGAAACAGAAUUGCAGGCACUUAGAGAGAGCAAUGCAAGGCUCACCACGGCUCUCCAGGAAUCCGCGGCCAGCAUAGAGCACUGGAAAAAGCAGUUUUCCAUUAGCAAAGACGAAAAUGAUCAGCUGCGGAGUAAGAUCGAGGAGCUGGAAGAACAGUGCAAUGAAAUUGAUAAGGAGCGUGACCGGAACACACAGCUUAGCAGGCGUCUUCAGGACCUGGAAACGGAACUUCAGGAUAAAGAGCUGGAAUUGGAAGAUCUACGGAAACAGGGUGAAAUUAUACCUCAGCUCAUGACAGAAUGUGAAACGGUUUCUCAGAAACUGCAGGCAGCUGAGAAAAGAAAUAAAGACCUGGAAGAGAAAGUCAGAGCUCUGCGGACGGAAGUAGAAGAGAGCAAACACAGGCAGAGUCACUUGAAGAUGGAGUUACAAACUUUUUUAGAUGUACUCGAUGGAAAGAUAGAUGAAUUGCAGGAUUUUCGUCAAGGCCUCUCGAAACUGGGGGUCGACAAUUAAGGGGACAGCCAUUUCCCCCCACCCCAAAAUAUUUGGCGUGUGUGUAUGUGUAUGUAUUCUAAACCUAGGUAUAUGUUUCUACAAAAAGUGAAAAGAUGCGUGUUCUUCCUUACAAUGGGAUUUGUACAUAGAGGCUAAAGAUAUUUUUUUCCACUCCUUUCCCACCCACCCCCCCAUUCUAAAAAUUUCUCCUUGCUUCUUCCUUCCUUUCUUUAAGAAAGAGGUGACCAUUUUUAAAAAUCUUACUGCUCUAGCCCAUUCUGGGUUUAUAUAAACAAACGGGGGGGAUUUUCUUGUCUCAGGAGAUCUGAACCUCAAUUUACCUUAAGGUAAAGUUGCAGUUGCAGUGGGUGUUGUAUGGAGACUGGUUUAAAGGCGUGCUGCAACUGUAGAAUGAAGACAUUUCCCAAAAUGCUCAGCCGCUGCUGAUUUAUGCCUCAUUUUAUAGUGCAGAGCAGCGGUAAAGAUGGAACAGAGAUUUUAGGAGCAACCCUAGAGUAGCAACUAGAUCUUCCGAGCCUUAAGGAACAAAUGAGAAAAG